AUGAAGUGUUCGUGCAUGGACAGCAGUGCCAGCUAUGAGAGGCUACCAAACGUUCCGACGUAUUUCGAACUCACGUCCAUGUUCGGAAGAGAUUCCGAAGACAAAGAUAGAUCGACGGAAAAACAAGAAGAAUUAAUUUUUUACAACGACGACAACAGUUAUCAGACGGUAAUUGUUGAAAAAAAUCUUUGCGUGAGUGAUCUUUGUCAGUUGUUGGCAUUAAAAAAUAGAGUUGCCAAAGAUGUAAACUGGACGAUAAUAGAACAUUGGACCGAUCUCGGAUUGGAAAGAAGUUUAGAAGAUCACGAAGAUGUUUUAUCAACUUAUCACAAUAUGGAAAGCUUUGCAAGGAAAACGGGGAAAAGAUUCGUUUUCCGAAAGAAUUUUAUCAAAUAUGAAUUUUUUCCAAAUCCUCAGGUACGUGACGAGAGACGGCAAAAUGACGAUCGCGUGCAAAUUUUCAAUAUGGCGGGGAAAACAAAAUGUCGAACCAUACUCUCAUCCGGAGGCGAAUGUCCAACCGUAUUCAGUCACAUAUGGAUAAGAGAAGCAAACAAGCAAGUUUGGGCCAAAUGUUUUUUAUUGUUAAAGGACAAAAAGCUUUAUCUAUCAUAUAAGGUAAAUAGCGAAUUAGAAAAAGAAAACGGUCAACUCGAACUUUUUGCCGACUUGUCUGAAUAUCACGUGUAUACGACAUUAAAUGCCAAAAAUCAACUUCGGGCUCCGACGGAAUUCGGUAUCUGUUUGAGGCCGACAAAUUCAUCGUCGUCGACGCCGCCGACAUUGAAAUGUUUGGCUUGUGAAAGUGAGAGAGCAAGACUCUGUUGGAUAACAGCCAUGAGAUUGGCAAAAUACGGAAAACAACUUCGGGAAAAUUAUAGAUCGUUUAAAAACAAACAAUUGGAAAACACGAGUCCCAAAGAGUACAAUAGCUUCGAAAGCGUUAGAUCUCGAGUAGCGAUGGAUUUCACGGGAAGCGUCGGGCGAAUCGUUGAAGAUCCGCAAGAAGCGAAAGCCAUAGCACUCGCCGAGGGAUACUGUUGGAAAAAAAGAUGGAGACCCAUAGCGAGGCAUCCGACGGGUAAAAUAGUACACAUUCAGGGAAUAGAAGCCGGAGUCCACGUAAUGCAACCCUGGUUUCAUUCUGGAAUGACGAGAGAACAGGCAACGUCGCUUGUGGCCAAACACGGUACCGUUGACGGAGACAGUCAAAGUAGUCCGGGAGCUUUCGUAUUAACACUUAAAUUCGGAGCAAAAGUUUUACACAAGGAAAUAACACCCAUGUCGAGUUCGCAUCAGGACACCAUUUGUUACACUUUAGACAACGGUCAAACAAAAUUCUACGACCUUUUGCAAUUAAUUGAAUUUUAUCAAUUGAACACGGGUUCCCUUCCGACAAGACUGACGCAUUAUCUCGUUCAGAGUCCGACGGGAGUUUUGUACAAGGAAAAAUCCAGGAUACGGGACACACCCGGAAGUUAUUGA